UUGUCAAAACAAACAAGUUCAGAAAAUUUAUCUUAUCAUAUCGUAGAUAUGUUUUUAAGAAUGUACUAGAAGAAUAUUUAUUUUGGAUUGUGUAUUUACUUCAGAUUAUUGUCCUUACGUAAUGGCUCGCAACAUCCUUAAACUGGGAGCUCUGGAAGCUCAAAAAACUGCUUUCCUCCUAUGUGACAUUCAAGAAACCUUCAGGCCCCAUAUAAAACACUUCGGUGAAGUUGUUAAAGUGGCGAAUAAAAUGGUGGCAGCAGCAAAAGUGUUCAAAAUCCCCGUGUAUGUUUCGGAGCAGUAUCCCAAGGGGUUGGGUCAUACCACAAAAGAUAUAAACAUAUCUGAUGCUGCUUUAGUUUAUGAGAAGACCAAGUUUUCUAUGUUUACUCCAGAAUUGCAGGAAAAGCUAAAAAAAGAUGUGCCAAAUUUGAGCUCAGUUAUAUUGUUUGGUAUUGAAGCACAUGUUUGCAUCGAGCAGACAGUUAUUGAUCUUCUUAAUGAGGAUAUAAAUGUUCAUGUUUUGGCAGAUGGUGUAUCUUCAAGGUCGUUAAUGGAUAGAGGAUUGGCACUACAGCGGAUGCAAGCAUUGGGUUGUUUUAUAACAACAUCUGAGAAUGUCUUGUUCAAGUUGCUACGAGACAAGAACCAUCCCGCUUUCAAAGAUAUAUCCAAACUUAAUAAAGUACCCACAGUUGAUAUUCUAGGUUAUGAUAUCACAUCUAAACUGUAGGAAAAAGCGUUUUCAAUCCAUAGGCUGCUUUGUGGGUACAUCGGAAAAUGUUUUGUUCAAACUAUUACGAGACAA